UGGUGGCCGUCUCAAGCGUGCACCCUGUUGCCGUGUCUUCUAUGGAAUAACUGUGCUACCUCUGCAGUGUUUGUGUGGUUUGGUGUAAUGUGGAUAUGUUUGUGUGUGGUGUCCUCUUUCCUCACACACAGCAAGCCAGCAUGACCAGAGAUUAAUUAUUCAAGGACUGCCAGCCAAAACGGGAGUCACCUUACAACAUUACAACCUGAUAUCAGGUGAAACGGUAGACGGUGCUUCAUCUUCUUUUCUGCUUGCUCUCCUCCUUCUGUUUUUUGAUGCUACUGUACGUGAAGACUUGAAAGAGGACUUUCAAACACACUGUAAGGAUCCUUUAUUGUGUUUUGUGUUGGGUUUUUUUUUGUUCGUUAACACUGUUUUAAGGCUUUCCUUUUUUGCCAAUGCUUGUCACCAACAAACAGUUGAGUCUUGGACGCUCCCACAGUUGGGACACGCUAGGAGGGAAUGAGGGUCAGUGGGAGAGGGCUGACAGUGUGUACGAGCAGCAGGCAAGAGUAGCAGGCCGCCGGAGCUCUCUGUCAUACGGAGAGGGAGGAGGGUGGUACGAGCCUCCACCAGGGGUGCGUCCCCCUGACCUGGAUUUGAAGCGCGACCCAUAUUCCUACCAAGACUCUCUCUACGGACAGGUUUACGCAGAGCGACACGACCCACGGGGGCUGAGAAAGGGCUCGGUGCCGGAUCUAAACCACUACGAACGAGCACCCAUGGCUCACCGAGGAUCCAUUCCACCUCAGGAUUACUACUCCCAUGACCCGGCCAUGACUCCUCGGCCACCUGAGGGGUUUUACCGAUCUGAACACCAGCCACCGCCGCCUCAUCCUCAUCCGCUCAGCAGGUCAGGCUCUCAUUUUGGGAUGGCACCAGGAACUCGUGCUGCGUGGGAUCAAGGUCAGGGAAGGGCAGGACCUCCAGCACCCUCAUCGCCUCUACCUCCUCCUCCCCCUCCUCCAACUGCCCAUGAGUUGAAUCGGGCAUACAGGGAAUCUGGUGCUGUAAAUGUUGCCAAGAUGAUGCAAGAUGGCCAACAGCGCAUCCCAUCCCGAGACCCAUCUCCAGCCCACUAUGGUAUGGAGCACGCUUCCCCUCGGUAUGCUAGUGAGCCUCCUCCUCCUCUGGCCGGUCAGCCGGUCUAUACUGAUGUUAAUGGCCGCCCGCUGGAUCCACAGCAGCAGGCAGCUACCUGCCUAGUGGUAGAUCCAGCCAGUCAAGGAAUUGUCAUGAGGCAAGAGACAGCCUCACCCUACACCAUUCAACAACAACAGCAGUUACAACAGCAACAGCAAAUACAGCAGCAACAAUUACAGCAACAGCAACAAUUACAACAGCAGCAACAACUGCAACAGCAGCAACUUCAACAACAACAGAUACAACAGCAGCAACUUCAACAGCAACAGUUACAGCAACAACAGAUUCAGCAACAGCAAAUACAGCAGCAACAGCUUCAACAACAGCAGUUACAGCAACAGCAACUUCAGCAAGAACAGUUGCAGCUGCAACAGCAACAGCCCCUGCCACCUCCACCUACUAUGCCAGUCUCCGACCCGAACCUUACUAUGGCGGCUCCACUUCCUGCUCCACCUGCUCCGGUGCAGACUACAGCAGUUGUUCCAGCUGCACCUGUGCCCGUACCUGUGCAGGUUGCCCCAACUCCUGCCCCACCACCGCCACCUACUCCACUUCCUGCUCCACUUCCUGCUCUUCCCCCAACUGCUCCACAGACACCUUUGCCUGUGGACCCCAAGAAGACAGUUGAUCCUGAGUUCCUUUCUCUGUUGCGAAAUGAAGGUCUUUCUGAGAGCACCAUUUCCUCCCUUAUCCAGCAGGGUUUUGACUCCACUAGCAUGCUAGCUGUUAUGGAGGAGAAUGACGUCCGCACCGUUGCCCCGAACCUUGGGCAGGCUCGUGUACUGUCUCGCUUCAUCCACAACUACAAGCGACCCGUUGAUGCCACACCAGCCCCCUCACAACCCCAGACACCCAUGCGAGGCCGUUCUAAUAGCUUCAGUCAUCGCUCAGACAUUUACCACCAGCAGCACCACCACCCGCCACACCCUCCACAGGCUUUAGCUGUGGACCCACAACUAAUGCCCCCACCAACACCUGGGGCCAUGCAAACCAUCUCCCCACGGAUGGGAGAAGUAAUGAGUAGGAGGCCCAGCAGUGCCCCCUCUCAGCACCUCUUGGAAGCCUCUGGUGGCUACCCAGGCCAUCCACCUCGUUCCCCAGGACCGUAUGCUGGAGCCAUUAUGCCUGUUCAGUCAAGACCGAUGUCGGCUUACUCAUCUGGGGUGACAAUGCCAGGGGUGCCUAUGCAGGGUAUGCAAAUAAUGCCCCAGCAGAUGACUGGGUCAAUGCCUGCCAUACCGGGAUCUAUGCACUCCAUGCCAGGUAUGCCACAACAGAUGCCUGUAUCCAUGCCAGCUUUACAGCAGCCACCACAGCAGGUACCGAAAGCAUACUCUACCAAUUACACAGUGCCCAUGGAGCUGAUGAAGAGGGACAGGAACUUACUGCCAUUGUCACCCAUGCACAGCCCUCACCCUAGUCCUCAGCUGAUGCGUAAGGGUGGGGGGCCUGCAUCAGACAAUGCCCUCGUCCCUGUGGGAGCGCCUGUUCAAGGCCAAGGUGCCCUGGUUGCAAACCAGAAGUUAAGUCGACGCACAGGUCCACCGGUCAUCGUGUCCACUAUGGCAUCUCCAGAUACAAGUAUUCGGCCCCAGAUUAUGAAUGGGCCUAUGCACCCACGCCCCCUGGUGGCGCUGCUGGAUGGGCGCGACUGCACCGUGGAGAUGCCCAUCCUCAAAGAUCUGGCCACCGUGGCUUUCUGCGACGCCCAGUCCACACAGGAGAUACACGAAAAGGUGCUGAACGAGGCCGUAGGGGCCAUGAUGUACCACACCAUCACCCUGACCAGAGAGGACCUGGAGAAGUUCAAGGCGCUGCGCAUCAUCAUACGCAUCGGCAGCGGUUACGACAACAUCGACAUCAAGGCCGCCGGCGAGCUCGGCAUUGCAGUGUGUAAUAUCCCCUCGGCAGCUGUAGAAGAAACAGCAGACUCAACACUUUGUCACAUCCUUAACCUGUACCGGCGAAACACCUGGCUGUACCAGGCUCUCCGGGAGGGCACACGGGUCCAGAGCGUGGAGCAGAUCCGGGAGGUGGCGUCCGGAGCGGCCAGGAUCCGUGGAGAGACGCUGGGCCUCAUCGGAUUUGGUCGCUCUGGCCAGGCGGUGGCCAUGCGCGCCAAGGCGUUCGGCUUCAACGUGAUCUUCUACGACCCCUACCUCCAGGACGGCUUGGAGCGCUCGCUGGGAGUCCAGCGGGUUUAUACGCUCCAGGACCUGCUGUACCAGAGCGACUGCGUCUCCCUGCACUGCAACCUGAACGAACACAACCACCACCUCAUCAACGACUUCACCAUCAAACAGAUGCGUCAAGGUGCUUUCCUGGUCAACUCUGCACGAGGAGGUCUAGUGGAUGAGAAAGCUUUGGCUCAGGCCCUGAAAGAAGGCAGGAUACGGGGCGCCGCCUUGGACGUCCACGAGUCAGAGCCCUUCAGUUUUUCCCAAGGUCCUCUGAAAGACGCCCCCAACCUGAUCUGCACGCCCCACACCGCCUGGUACAGCGAGCAGGCGUCGCUGGAGAUGAGAGAGGCCGCCGCCACAGAAAUCCGCCGAGCCAUCACUGGCCGUAUUCCUGACAGCCUUCGAAACUGCGUCAACAAAGAGUUCUUUGUUACGACGGCGCCCUGGGGAGUGAUAGAGCAGCAGCAGCCCCAAGUUCACCCUGAGAUCAAUGGUGCCGCCUACAGAUUCCCUCCUGGCAUGGUGGGCGUUGCCCCCGGUGGGAUUCCCGGACCUAUGGAGGGGUUGGUGCCCGGGGGAGUGCCCAUCGCCCACACCCUGCCCCCCGGCACCCAUCCGUCACAGGCCACCUCCCCGAACCAACCCUCCAAACACGGCGACCCCAUGAGAGAGCACAUGACUGAGCCGUAGGACUGCUGCUGCCGCCGUAGCCGAGCAGGGGGGACAAAAAUCCAUGUAAACUAAAAGAGAAAAGAAAAAGAAACAAACCCAGCAAACCUACCAACUCAACCAUCCAACUGUACGCUUGACUUCAGCCAUCUGAACCUACCAGCAGACUGCCUGCCAGGCAAAGUUUCACACGUUUUUCUUUUUUCUAUGAAACCACUAAGCCCAAGUGAGGACAGUGGAUGUUAAAACACACGCCUGAGCUGCCACACUGAGAUGGGACUGACCGUCAAACUCAUGCGCCGAAGAUCUGAAAUGUCUCCUCCCUCCAUAUCUGUUUUUGUUCUCCAUCGAUUUAAGUGUUGCUUUUGUUUUUAAUCUUUAUUUCCGAGUACAUUUCAGGGAGAUCCCUCCUGAUUUCUGGGACACGUUGACAGUAACAGGAUGGAAAUCUCCCUCGAGCUUCACAGGACAACCCAUAAAGUCUCCUUUUCCCUUGAAUUUCAUCCAUUUCAGCACAAACAUGUCUUGUUAUAUAGUUUGUUUUUUUUACUUUCUUCUCUUUAUCUUUUAUUCUGUGUUUCUGUUGCAAGUGAAUAUGUUUUUCUGUUCUUCAGUGUGUGAAAAUGAAUGGAUUUACAGUUACGUUUAGCAGACAAAAAAAGAAAUCUGGACUCCAUCUUUGCUGUUUUUUCAGCCCCUGAAUGUAGAGACGAGAUGCGGGGCGAUAGAUGUGGAAGAAUAUUUUGGCGUAUGAGGUAAAAACAACCCUUUUAAAACCCAAAAAAAUGAAAUUAAAAGGAAAAAGCUAACAUUCGUGGUUAGGUCUUGUAGUGUUUCACCUCAAUGACAUAUCGCUGUUGUAAGUUUCCCAUCUCUGCUGAACUGAGGUACCUACAAUGUUUGGUUAUUGUUAUGAACAGUGUCCCAAAUAUUAUCCGAUUGCAUCCAAAGGACCUAAAGUAUGCCGCAGCAAAAAGCGAGUGAGGUAUGAAAGUGUUUGGAAAAACGAAAAACUGACUCAGGAAAAAAAUAUUAACCUUCAAAUGUGUCCAACAGAAAAGAAAAACUCUGGAUUACUGCUUUCCACGUCUUUCUCCAUUGUGGUAUUUUUUUAUAUAUCAAAUGUACAUUUUUUUGAUGUUCAAGGUUUUCACUCCUGUUAGAUUUGUAUUGCCUUGUUAAAUGUUCAUAUAACCGUAGUCUUAUGUGACCGACCCCCACCCUUUCCUCCUUCUUAUAGUUUCUUCUUCUUCUUCUUUGUUUCUUUUUUUUUCUGCUCUAAUGGAAGCCAGCUGCGGCUCUCGGAGGCAUUGCGUCCUUUCUGAACAACAGCAGCCACAUCCAUCCCUUUAGCCCCAUGAUGUUAGCGAGAGACGGCUGCUAGCAGAUUGUUUGGUUUUUAGUGUGAGUAUUUGUAUUUGUUUCUUGUACAAGGUGAACAUAUAGCAUACAGUGCAGCUGGAACCAAUAAAUAAAACUUACUGUUCUGAUUGA